GCUAUUUAAUAUUUAUUGGAAUGCGAUGCAUCUCAUCUUUUUUCUUCCAUGAGCCAUCUUACGUAGUCUUCUUACCAGAACACAAGAAAACAUCUGACUUCGGAUUUUCUCUAGCAUAUUUGGAGGAAACCAGAACAUUGGUAUCUGGUGCUCCACAUGCAGAUUUAAAUGGUGCUAUCUAUAAUUGUCCAGUCGAGGAAAGUGUGUACAAAAAUUCAGUUAAUUGCACUAAAAAUGAAAUAAAUAUUGACAUUUUAGCAAACAAUUACAGUAGAGAAAACAACACUGAUCAGAAUUUCUGUCUUGGUGCUUCACUGGCCGCAGCAGAUUCGUUUAUAUUUACAUGUGCACCGCUAUGGACAAAGGAGGUUAUCGCGAUCAAUGGCGUACACAUGUAUGGUGCAUACGGAAUGUGUUUUAUAUCAGAUGGAAACCCUAGACGGUACAAGGGUAUUCUCGAACAAUAUGAGAUGAGAGAUUUUAAAAACGUCGACAUUAAACCUACGUUUGAUGACAUUUACGGAGGAGUAGGUUGGAGUACUCUAGUGGACGAAGAAAACGACUUAAUUAUAAUGGCAAAGCCAGCUUUGAUCAGCACCAUCAAUUACGGGUCGACAUCACAAUUGGAUACGUACGCAAAAAUUGUUCCACUCGAUGUAUCCGGUCUUCUGCAAUACUUUUAUAAAGGGCGUGCGUUUGCGACCGGUACCUUCUUCAGAAACCUUCGCACAGUAUAUGCUUUUAGCAUGGAAAAGGAUAAACGUACUGGAGGUAUUGCCUUCCUCCGAUAUGAUAAACAUUCUCGAAUAUUAAGGGUGCUGCAAAAUGCAAACCGAGCUGUGUUAUUUGAGAAUAGAAUUGUUGGCUCCAUGUUUGGUGCCGCUCUUCACGCGGUGGACAUAACCGGUGAUACGUUUUCGGAGCUGGUGGUCGGUGCGCCCGGAGAACCGUGCUGGGAAAGUGGUAUUGAAGUUGGGGCUAUAUAUAUUUAUGUUGGGGGUGAUAAGGCAAAAUCAAAAAGAGAAGCAACUCUCUGCAUCUGUGGUAAUGAAGAUAACUCUCGUCUAGGUACUUCUAUAACUUCACUCGAUUUAAAUGAAGAUGACUAUCCAGAAAUAUUUAUCAGCGCGCCAUACGAAGAAAAUGGAUAUGGAGCCAUUUAUGUUAUAUCCGGCUAUGAAAUUCACAAGAAAUAUUUGAAAACAAGCCGGAUCUCUCAAAAAAUAUUAAUCUCCGAAUUGACAUACGUUCAAAGGAUUAGCAACAAUCGAUUCUCUAAUUUUGGAUAUAGCCUGCAAGCAUUAUCCAACUACAAUACAGAAGGAGCAAAUGCUGUAGCAAUUGGAUGUCCAACGAGCGAACGGGUUAUUCUAUACCGGAGUAUUCCAUUUAUAACUGUGACGGUCUCGGCGAAACUUUUCGGCAAAGAGACGGUAAAUGAAUUAGAUAAAAAUUUCACCGUACGUGUAGAAACAAGUGUGUCAUAUCCAAAAACAGUUAAUAUUACGGCGCAACUUCUACAAUCUGCAAGUCUUACUGCAAAUUCAGCUAAGUCUUUUGACUCCGCCGACUUCAAUAUCGAUCUGACUACCAACCAGACUGUUUUCAUAAAUGAUGUAGAAGUUACUUUGUAUGAUGACCUCCCGGGACUUUUUAAAUUUGAAGCAGAAAUUAAAAUUGAUAAGGCAACAUUACGCAGUGAAGUUUUCAGCAGCUCAUUGGUGAGUUUCAGCGAGCAAAGCAAGACGAAAGCUGAGCUCGAUAUAACACGAAUAAGUAUCAACACCGUACCAAUAUUAUCUAAUGUCUUCGUUUGGUCGGGCCGGCAAGAUGAAUAUGUGAUUGGAUCAUCGAAGUCGGAAGUCAUGACAGUUGUAGUACGGAAUGAUGGUACCGAGUCGGACUGGUCAUGCGCUUGGAUACGGGUUUCUGGUGCUCCCGUUGCAGUUUUGGAGUGCGAUCAGCCCCAAGAUUCUUGGUACAAAUGCAAUUUCUUUAACCUAGGAAAACAUGAAGAGCGGCCGUUAGAUAUUGCUUUGGAUAUGAGCAAUUUAACAAACAAAGAUGAAAAGCUAAAAGUCGAAGUUUUGUUGUUUAACAAGUGUGAAUCGUCACAAAGCAAUGCAACAGCGAAAAAUUUUAAGGAAAUUAAAUACAAACUUAAUCCCAGCGAAAUAAACGUCGAUGGGUAA